CCCUCGCCUGCCUGCGGUCAGUCUGUCUGAAGGCGAUGGAGCGCUUCGAGCCGUUGGCCGUGCUUUCCUGUGAAGAGGCGUCCUGCUCCUCCUGGGGAGCCUGCGGUGCAAGUAAAAAUUUACCUACCAUGACAACAGAAUCUUUGGAAAUCGAUGAUGGAUUAUACAGUCGUCAGAGAUAUGUUCUUGGUGACACGGCAAUGCAGAAGAUGGCCAAGUCCUGUGUCUUCUUAAGUGGUAUGGGUGGUCUUGGAGUAGAAAUUGCAAAGAAUCUUGUUCUUGCAGGGAUUAAGGCGCUGACAAUUCAUGAUACAAAAAAAUGCCAAGCAUGGGAUCUAGGGACCAAUUUCUUCUUGUGUGAAGAUGAUGUUGUUAAUCAGAGAAACAGGGCUGAAGCUGUACUUCAUCGUAUUGCAGAACUAAAUCCAUAUGUUCAGGUCUCAUCAUCCUCUGCCCCUCUUGAUGAAACCACAGACCUCUCUUUUUUAGAAAAAUAUCAGUGUGUAGUAUUGACUGAAGUAAAACUGACAUUACAAAAGAAGAUCAACAAUUUUUGCCAUUCUCAUUGCCCUCCAAUUAAGUUCAUUAGUACAGAUGUACAUGGAAUUUGGUCCAGGCUAUUUUGUGAUUUUGGUGAUGAAUUUGAAGUUUCAGAUACAACAGGAGAAGAACCAAAAGAAAUUUUCAUUUCAGACAUAACGCAAGCUAAUCCAGGUAUUGUCACUUGCCUUGAAAGUCAUCCUCACAAGCUUGAGACAGGACAGUUCCUUACAUUUCGAGAAAUUCAUGGAAUGACAGGCUUAAAUGGAUCUGUACAACAGAUAACUGUCAUAUCACCAUUUUCCUUCAGCAUUGGUGAUACUACAGAACUGGACCCAUAUUUACAUGGAGGCAUAGCUGUGCAGGUGAAGACUCCUAAAACAUUCUGCUUUGAACCCCUGGAGAGCCAGAUAAAACAUCCAAGGUGCCUUAUUGCAGAUUUUAGCAAACCUGAGGCACCUUUAGAGAUUCACGUAUCUAUGCUUGCCUUGGACCAGUUUCAGGAGAACUACAACCGUAAGCCAAAUAUCAGAUGUCAGCAGGAUUCAGAUGAACUGUUGAAGCUAACAGUAUCUAUAAAUGAAACCUUGGAAGAGAAGCCUGAAGUGAAUGCUGACAUUGUGCACUGGCUUUCGUGGACUGCCCAAGGCUUUUUACCCCCACUUGCUGCAGCAGUUGGGGGUGUUGCUAGCCAAGAAGUCUUAAAAGCUGUGACCGGCAAGUUUUCUCCUUUGUGUCAAUGGUUGUACCUUGAAGCAGCAGAUACUGUGGAAUCCCUAGGCAAUCCUGGGCACGAAGAGUUUCUCCCACGAGGAGAUAGAUAUGAUGCCUUACGUGCCUGCAUUGGAAAUACAUUGUGUCAGAAGCUACAAAAUUUGAAUAUCUUCUUAGUAGGAUGUGGCGCCAUAGGCUGUGAAAUGUUAAAAAAUUUUGCAUUACUUGGUGUUGGUACAGGCAGAGAGAAAGGAAUGGUAACAGUUACAGAUCCUGACUUGAUAGAAAAAUCCAACUUAAACAGACAGUUCCUGUUUCGUCCUCAUCACAUACAGAAACCUAAAAGCUAUACUGCUGCUGAAGCAACUCUGAAAAUAAAUCCUCAAUUAAAAAUAGAUGCACACCUGAACAAAGUUUGUCCAGCCACUGAGAGUAUAUACAGUGAUGAAUUUUACACUAAGCAAGAUAUCAUUAUUACAGCUCUAGAUAAUGUGGAAGCCAGGAGAUAUGUAGACAGUCGCUGUUUAGCAAAUCUACGGCCUCUCUUAGAUUCUGGAACAAUGGGCACCAAGGGACACACUGAAAUUAUUGUACCUCAAUUAACUGAAUCUUAUAAUAGUCACCGAGACCCCCCAGAAGAGGAAAUACCGUUUUGCACUCUAAAGUCCUUUCCAGCAGCUGUUGAACAUACUAUCCAGUGGGCAAGAGACAAGUUUGAAAGUUCCUUCUCCCACAAGCCUUCACUGUUUAACAAAUUUUGGCAAGCAUAUCCUUCUGCAGAAGAUGUCUUACAGAAGAUACAAAAUGGACAAAGUCUAGAAGGCUGUUUUCAAGUUAUUAAGUUACUUAGCAGAAGACCUAGAAUUUGGUCCCAGUGUGUAGAAUUAGCAAGACAAAAGUUUGAAAAAUACUUUAACCAUAAGGCUCUGCAGCUUCUUCACUGUUUUCCUCUUGACACAAGGCUGAAAGAUGGCAGUUUGUUUUGGCAGUCACCAAAAAGGCCACCUUCUCCAAUAAAAUUUGAUUUAAAUGAACCUUUGCACCUCAGUUUUCUUCAGAGUGCUGCAAAACUAUAUGCUACAGUAUAUUGUAUUCCAUUUUCAGAAAAGGACUUAUCAGUGAAUAGCCUCAUGGACAUUCUUUCAGAAGUUAAAAUUGAGGAAUUCAAGCCUUCCAACAAGGUUGUUCAAACAGACGAAACUGCAAGGAAACCCGACCAUGUUCCUGUCUCCAGUGAAGAUGAAAGGAAUGCUGUUUUCCAACUAGAAAAGGUUCUUUCCUCUAACAAAGCUACCAAAAGUGACCUUCAGAUGACAGUGCUUUCAUUUGAAAAAGAUGAUGACAGUAAUGGACACAUAGAUUUUAUCACAGCUGCUUCCAACCUUCGAGCCAAAAUGUAUAGCAUUGAACCAGCUGACCGUUUUAAAACUAAACGCAUAGCUGGUAAAAUUAUACCUGCUAUAGCAACAUCUACCGCUGCAGUUUCUGGCUUGGUUGCUUUGGAGAUGAUCAAGGUAGCUGGUGGCUAUCCCUUUGACGCUUACAAAAACUGUUUCCUUAAUUUAGCCAUUCCAAUAAUAGUGUUUACAGAGACAUCUGAAGUAAGAAAAACUGAAAUCAGAAAUGGAUUAUCAUUUACAAUUUGGGACAGAUGGACUGUACAUGGAAAAGAAGAUUUCACCCUCUCAGAUUUCAUAAAUGCUGUCAAAGAAAAGUAUGGAAUUGAGCCGACAAUGGUGGUGCAAGGAGUCAAAAUGCUUUAUGUCCCUGUAAUGCCAGGUCAUGCAAAAAGGCUAAAGUUAACAAUGCACAAACUUGUGAAACCUUCCACUGAGAAGAAAUAUGUGGAUCUUACUGUGUCAUUUGCCCCAGACGCUGAUGGAGAUGAAGAUUUGCCAGGCCCUCCAGUGAGAUACUACUUCAGUCAUGACACUCAUGAGUAACAUUGUUACGGAGAUACUCCAGGACUACUUUAUUUUGGAAAGUGUACUUAAUUCAGAAGCUCAGCUCAGAAUACUGUGGAUUUCUUUUUGCCUUAAUGUAAGGGAACCAUCAGUAGGGAACUUAAUUAGAGUGGAGAAUUACAAAACAUUUUGAAGCAUAGUACACAUUUGUUGCUUCCUGCGGUUAUGAUCACAGCACCUUUGAACUGGAAUACCAUUUUCUAAUGCUUACACGAUUGUUUAUUAAGCCCUGUGGAUGAACGAAGGAACAAGAAAUCAUUUAUCUAUGACCAGAAGAAAUAAAGAUGAAGAAAUUGAAAAUAGUGAAUUUGUACUAUUCAGAAAGCUAAAUCCUACUUCAGGGUUUUCUUUUUUAUUUGGUAUUUGAGACCCAUUAUUUUAGUAUAAAUAGUGUGGCACUGUGCUGCUUACAUGAUUAGACUUUGAAAAUUCCAUAGCUGAGAGGAAGAAGGGUGGCAGAUAGAUAGAUGAUGAGUAGAGAUUGGAAACUGUAGUUACAGUUAGUGUCCUGCUGCCUGUGCUAACAGUGUGAUAUAUUACUCCCUCCCCUAAUUCAGGAUUGUCCCUGAUCUGAUCAGUGUUGUAAACAGUGAGGUAAGAUGACAUGUUAACUUGGACUAAAUGUUAACAGUAUUACAUGCACUCUGAUAGAGAAUCCAUGAAUGUGAGCAGAUAAAUAUGGCUAAUCAUUUGAUUGUUAAUAUACCUUUAUUUUAUUUAUCCGGAAGUCUAACCUAGUCAUAGUAUUUAAGGCCAAAAAUGUUUUGUAAAGGGAAUAUUCUUAGAAAUAGAUAAAAGUUACAAAUUAAUAUGGUUGCCUUUUUUUUCCCCCUUUCCAGCAAUGUAAUGGAAAUUUAUAUAUAUAUAGUAUUUUUUUUUUUAAAGGAGGCAUGUCAUUGCACUCUUCAUUCCCAAAUUGGGAAUUGACUGAAAUAGAAAAAAAUAUAUAUAUUUUUUCAGAUUUUUCUUUACUGAAAGAAAUACUCCAUUUCCUGAUAUGAACAGUUGCUACUUAUGAUAUAAUUGGGUCCAUUAAAAUAUAUAAACAGUACUUGACUGUAAAAUCAGUGAAAACAGCAAGUGAGUCUUUUUUACAAGGGUUAUCAUGCAUUCUAAACAAGUGCUUACAGCCUCUGGAAGUUACUUGCCUGGAGCUCCUAUUAAGACCAUUACUAAAUACUUUGAUGAAUUAAAAUUUAGAUUGCAUCAGUAUUAACUCCAAUGGUAUCACUUUACACUCUAUACUUUCUUUCCAUUUACAAACAAUUUAUGAUCUCUGUGGUAACCAGCUUUCUAUUUCCUCCUUUUAUGAAGUGUCCAGUUGGGAAAUGGGGUGAGUUUGUGUAAUAAAAUGUUCUGUUCAUUCAGAAGUGGAGAAAAGUAGACAGGAUUUGUUUUAAAGAACUGGCUACCUUUAAAAUAAACUAUAGUUUUUAUUAUAUCCUACCCUUUCCCAUUGUUCAUAAAUUGAGUCCAUGAAUAUCAAAGGCUCUGUGGCUUAGAACUUGAUGAGAAAAAGAAGUCCUAUUUUCCAGUUUUCACUUUGUUUUCUCUUCUUUGGUAGUAAUGUAUUUUCUAGGUAAUCAUUCAGGAACCCUCAAACAUGAAGCGAUAGCUGCCUCUGUUUACUUACGUCUACACAUACCUUCGGAAGUAAACAAGAGCCAUGCUUUGUAGAGUGCUUUAGUAAAUAAAGUCAACCAGGGUUAGUUUGUUUCUAAUUAUAUCCACAACCAUUUUGUCAUUGGGUUUUGGUUUUGUUUUUCUGUAGGUAGUGAUUAUUACUGCCCUACUAAAUCAUACUGAGCUGGAAAGCCAUAGUGAAGUUAAUGACAAUUUUUUUGUUGUUGUUCAUUUUGUACUUUAAGAUUCUUGGUACUAAGCACUCGGGAGGCAGAGGCAGGCGGAUUUCUGAGUUCAAGGCCAGCCUGGUCUACGAAGUGAG